GUCAAAAUGACCAAUCAUGUCGAUCCUUACAACGUUUGCUUUCAGAUUAGUCAGUGACAGGUUGGACAUGUUGGAGAAAAAUGGCGACUUCCAGUGCACGUCGUCUGAAAUAGUGAUGUUAUUAUUGACUUGAAACUCCGAGAUUUUCAAAAUGUAUUUUCCUGUGGGAUGGCCCAAACAUCUAGACGUGCCUUCUGUCAAGGCAGAGGCAGUCCAGGAGGUUUUAGCUUCACGGGACCGAUCACUUUUUGCCGUGGUUACGUCGCAGUCUAUUCACAUCUGGCAGUGCAAACCCUGUGUACUGGUGGUGACAUACAGACGUUCCGAUGAUUCACUCAUUGUUCUGGGGACCAAUCAAUGUGUUCAGUGGCGACCAGACUGCAGCGUCUUGGCAGUUGGGACGUCCGGUGGUCACUUGCUUCUCUUCAAAGUUCAACAUGAAGGCGGCCAGAAACUCUUGACUACAAAACAAACCAGCUCCGCCCACUACAGGUGGGAUGCAACAGAAGCAGACACGAAUGCUGUGCCCAUGCUGAAGAUUGUCUACUCCUACACAUUACAGAUACCUGGUGGCAUCAACAGUCUUUGCUGUUUGAAGGAUGACCUCCUGGUUGCUACGGGCAACGGCCUAUUGAUGCGAGUAGGCUGGGACGGCAGUACCCGCAGCCUGAUGGAUCUAUCCAUCCGGGCCAUUCCCUUCUCUAUAGAUCUGCAACAGUCACGAGAGUCCACCCUGGGUGAUAGCACCCUAUCCUUCAAGCACGCUGAGUACAGCCUGAUCCUCGGUGGUCUAGCUGUUGUCUUGUCUGAUGGUAGGGCAGCAUUCCUGACAUCAGAAAACAGCAAGUUUGAACCAAGGGCUGUGCAUGCAGUCUGGGCACCAGACGUCUCCAAUGCCUGCUGUGUAGCCAUCAAUCAUAAGUACCGCCUUAUUGUGUAUGGGCUCUCAAAUGGUCAAGGUGUAGUUUUCACUGUCGACGAAGUAACCGGUGCCCUGCUGUUGUCACAUCGAUUAACGCUCUCCAGUAGUGACUUUCCAGAUGGUUGCCAAGCAGCAGGGCCCGUUUCCUUAGUGAAGUGGACCCCCGAUGGCUGUGCCUUGGCCUGUGCCUGGCGUCAGGGUGGUUUAGCUCUCUGGAGUGUGUUUGGGGCGUUGCUCAUGUGCACAUUUAGUGGCGAUUAUGGGUUGUGUCCAGAUACCAGCAGGCCCUAUCCACUGCAUGUUCAGUCCAUGGACUGGGAUCCUGAGGGCUACAAUUUAUGGCUGACCACCGUGCCCCAGUCAAGCAAGGACAGAAAGACGUCUGGUACCAGAGUACCGUUCCCGUCAGUCAUUCAGCAGCCUGAUCAGCUGGCCGGGGAGUUACUGGUGGUUGCAUUUGUCAAGAGUGCCCUGACUUCAAACCCUUGCAUGACCAACCAUGAGCACUUAUUCCUGCAAGGGGAAGAUAGGUUGUAUCUGAAUACAGGAGACACGAUACUCAAGACGGGUCAGUCAGACGUGCCGUUGGAUCACAGUCCAGUCACGCCGACUUCACAGGGUAAUGCAUCAGGUGGUGAUGCGCAAGGUCCUAGCGUUCUGAUUGGCAACAAGCAGUGGCAAGUCCUGUCCCUUCCAUACAGCUACAUGGCCAGUAACUGGCCACUGAGGUAUGCAGCUGUGGAUCGGUCAGGCCACUGUGUCGCCAUAGCGGGCAGGUUCGGCCUAGCACACUGUACCCUCUUUGCUAAACGCUGGAAGCUGUUUGGUAACAUCACUCAGGAGAGAGACAUGUCAGUCAGCGGAGGGGUGACCUGGUGGAGAGACUUCCUGGUCUUGUCCUGUUAUAACCACUACGAGAAUCGGCAUGAGUUGCGGUUAUAUCCUCGAGUGAGCAACCUCGACAACAGCUUUGCCUACAUCACCAAGGUGCCUUACCAAGUGCUUGUCCUCAACGUCUUCAAGGAUAUUCUCAUCGUCUUUUGUGUGGAUUACCACAUCUCACUGUACAGCAUAGAGCGCAGGGAGAACACAGGAAGUCCUAGUGCCAGUAUUAGUAGGAUCCAGGAUCUGUCUCUUGCCAACUUUGUGCCUCAUCCUACCUCCUUGGUCUCCCUGACGCUCACAUCACUGCGAUCUGAAACAGUUUCUCCCGAGUUAGCCAACCAUACCAAAGAAGCAGAGAGUCUGAUCAUCAACGUAGCCGGGAGGUUACUGAUGCUGCAGAGAGAUCACUUCAAGACGCCAACGCUGACCCAUGCUCCUCUAGACAGACGGAAACACAACGAGAUGCCCUUCUGUGCCCCAGUGGUGCUUGCCUCUUCCGUUGAGAACAUAUGGACCACGUCUCGUAGCAAUCGGGACAAACCUCACCUGAUGGAGGCACUGUGGCUGGGAUGUGGUGCUGCAGGCAUGAAGGUGUGGCUUCCGCUGUUUCCCCAGAACAACACAAAACAUCACCACAGCUUCUUGUCCAAACGCAUUAUGCUGCCAUUCCAGCUCAGAAUCUACCCUCUUGCCGUGUUGUUUGAAGACGCUGUCAUGUUAGGAGCAGCUACAGACACCUUGAGCUGUGAGCCGCAGACACCGUGCAGCGCUGACAACAACAAGCCAACAAUCCUGCCAUUCACUACAGUAGAACGCACAACUCAGAUCUACCUGCACCACAUCUUAAGACAAUUGCUGAGAAGAAAUCUUGGCAUGCAUGCGUUACAGAUCGCCAGCAGUUGUACGUCUCUCCCGUACUUCCCACACGUCUUAGAACUCAUGCUGCAUAGUGUGCUGGAGGAGGAGGCUACAGCCUCAGAACCUAUACCUGAUGCUCUCCUUCCGCGUGUGGUAGCCUUCAUAGAGGAGUUCCCUCAGUUCUUACAGACCAUCGUUCACUGUGCCAGGAAGACUGAGAUUGCUCUCUGGCCGUACCUCUUUGGCACCAUCGGGAGUCCUCAGGAACUCUUUGAGCAAUGUAUAAAAACCGGUGCCCUGCAGACGGCUGCUUCCUAUCUGCUCAUCCUGCAGAAUUUAGAGCCUCCUAAAGUCAGUCGACACCAUGCUACACAGCUCCUGGAUGCUGCACUGGAGCAUUGCGAGUGGAAACUCUGCCGAGAUCUGCUCAGGUUCCUACGCUCCAUCAGCGCCACUGACUUCGAUGUUGCCAGAACUCCGCCCCCGAACCUCAACAAUUCCAUCGUCUUCCCGCUGGGCAGCCCCACCCCGCUACCUGCCAAGGAGGGCGUGGCUAGUCUCAAGCGAGGGAGGCAUUCGAGCAAAGGGGGCAGAGGGACUGAGAAACAAGAGGUGGUGUCAGAGAAAAGCCGUCUGUCCUCACAAUCCAAGCCCUCAUCUUCCCAGUCCAAGACGACGGAUCAGUCCUCAUCCGUCGAGGAGUACUUCGUGGAUGUGAUUCUCAAUCGACACGCUCGGAAACUCAUCACGUCUCUGAGGCUGAGAGACCUUGGGAUGUUUGUGGCUUACCUGGACUUCAAGCUGCAGGCGUGGCUGGCAAAAGAGAGGGGUCGCGUUGCCAAAGUAGAAGACUUUGAGGCAGCCUUGAAGCAGCUUCAUCAUGACUUCCACUGGCCUCUCCCGACACUGACUAGCGGAUCAGCUUCCAUCGCCAUCAAUGCAACCAAGACGCCAAGUUUACUGGUCAAGUCUUCGCCGCCCACUGCUGCCACCAUGCAAGCCCAGAUCAAUGGCCUGAAGCUCAGCGGAGACCCAGACACCGACAAACCCCACCAGGUCCUGCCAGCUCACCCGAGGGACCUACGUAUCCUGAUCAGACCUCACAGCCUGACGUCAGACAGUACUCACAGUGAGGUCCGCACUGAAGAGGCUAUGCUCAAAUACCCCUCAGCCAAAGGUUCUGACGACAACAGCAUCGGCACCACUGAGCCCUCGGAGGGCAGUUCCAUGUUUGGUGAGGGGGAGAACCCGUUAGAGGACAGUAUAUGGAGCAGCAACGCCAACUUGGAAGAACUGGAGCAAUUCUACCUGCAGCUGAGUCAGAGUGGCCCAAGACAAUCAGACAAAGAACUCAGGUAUCUCUUUGACAUCUUCCUUGCCGCCCUGUGUCUGGAGUGGGCUCUCCUCAUCGCCAUCAUUCUCAGGGACUUGGCUCUCAUCACUAAGGUUGUCAUGGUAACCACAUCCUCCGACGUUGCUCUGGAUGUAGUGGCCCGCAUGAGGGAGGGGCUGUCGUUUCUGGAGCUCUGGGCAGACUCUGAAUGUCCAGGUUACAAGCCCCUCUUGCUGGCCAUCAGGCCCCAGGCCCAGGUCCUAGCGGAAGCCGUGGAGAAGGCUGUCACUCCUCCCCACACCCCUCACUCCAGGACCUCCUCCACCUCGGACCAAUCCGUGGGACAUCAGGAGAUCCGUCGGCUGGGGUCUCACGGCAGCGGGGUCAUCUCGGAGCACGAGCUGUCGGAGGAAGACGUGUUUGAGGAGGAGAAGGUGAAAGAUGAGGAGAACGGAUGCACCAUCUCAUGAUAGAACGAGAAGAGGAACAUUAAGAUGUUUCUUGAGGAGAAGUUCAUCUUUAUCGUUGCCUGUCUUGACUUCUUCGUUGUAAGACAAUGCUGAGAAUGGUUUCCUCCGUCUGUUGAUUAAAGAGGCAAGUUGAUGCAUUUCUUUGAUAGGUUGAGAACUUUUGGUGGGCAUCUUUGUUUGAGAAGGCAGGAGAUGUUGAGGAGAGCAGUUGUGUUAUCGUGUGAUGGAGGAAGGAAGUUUAUACUUUCCUUUGUGGAGAAGAUAAAAAAUUGAUGACAUCUUUGAGGAGGAGGCAGACAAGGAACAGGAGAACGGCUGCCUCAUCUCGUGGUGGAGAAUGAGGAGAGAAAACUUAGUGUGUUUCUCAAACACCUUUGUCUUUGACCGUUAAAUCCUCAUGGAGACAUCUUCAGAAACUGGUUUUCUGUCUACGCUGAAUUAACACUUACAACCUUUUCACUGGUUGUAAUUUCACUUCAGCUUCUUCAUUCAACUUACAUUUAUGACUCGUUCCAGUCGAGAUUUGAGACUCUUUCUAGUCAAGAUUGUUCUGAUGAUGCGAGUAACACUGUUUACUUUUUUUGUCUUUAAUAAACAGUAUUAAUUUCAAUGCAAGUAAACUGCAAAAUUGAUGAAUUAAAAGAGUCCUGUGUAGCUUUGCCUGGUCUUCACAGCUACAAGGUCGAAUUUUAUUUUUUGAAUUUUCUAAGGAUAUGACCUGUGUUUAGAGAAUGUCUGUAACUUAAAACCUUGGUUUUCCCCCCAAAAACAUGGGACAUUCCAGUUUGGAACAUUACUGUUUGUUGGUUAUUCCAAGCUGGAAUAAUAUGUCUCCAACUUUUCCUGCAUGAGAAUAAGUGGCCCUACCAGGUUGUUUCAUAUAGAAACUGGCUCCCUAUUAAAUAGAACAUUCCGGUUGACCAAAUUCAAUUCAAGAACAUUAGCUUGAAUUUUUUAGUCCAAGUGUGGUUUCAAGAAACUUAUACUCUACAUACUUCAGUAGUGUCACAGAUAUCGAACUGUGGUGGCUGACCCGAGUAAGCCCCGAGAAUGACGUCAGAGCUAAUCGCCCGGCACGGGGUUAACCGGAGUCAACUCGGGCGAGCUAAUCGAACACACCCUUAAUCUGUUUACAUUUAGGAAUAAGUGAGUACCAGGGAACACAAGAGUGAAGUGAUGGGCUGGUUCCUGAUCCCUAUUUUAUAUUGUAGACUGAAGAGAGGGAGCGGGAACCAGUCUUAAAGUGAAAGCUUUUACUUUCCUGGUUCCAUACUCCAUUCAUAUCUAUAAACUCUGAAAAAGUGUCCCACAACUGACAGCAGUUUUCCACAUUUUUGCCCCUCGUUGGGCAUUUGAGUAUGAACAGUUGGUGGGACACACUGCGUGCACAUACUGAUCCACACGUAUGGCGUGAAGUACGCGCAACUAAUUUUUGAUGUGCAUGCAAGCCAUAGCAUCUUUGCGUCAUCGGCGUCGUUGGCAAUACUUUUGAAUGUCUCUCCCAGUGGUCUCCCCCAACUCUCCCUUUCUUACCGUUGAGGGGGUACUUCUGCACAGAGCCCUAUAGGACGUAAUGUUACCUGUAUGCAUUAUGUACAGACAAUAUUUUUACAAAUGGUGCUACUAAUAAUUUAUUUUAUAUAUCUUAGAGUAGUAACAUUAUAAAGAGCUUGUACAGACGUGCUCAGGCCAAUUUGUACGCUAGAACAUGUAUAUACAAUGUACGUUAUUGUCGGAUAAUAAUGCAGUGAUAGAAACUAAUAAGAUACAUGUAAAUGUAGUAAAUGUUCAGUCUUUGAUGGAAAUCCUUGGAUGUGUUUUUCUGUUCAAAAUGGAAAAGGGACGUUAGGAGAAAGGUGUUUUUGCCAACAGGAUUCCAAAAUCUCA